AUGGCGUCCGUGACGCUGGGGCAGCACCCGGCUCAGCACCACCUGGAGCCGAGACUCGCGAGCCACGCAAGCAGGAGAGUCGCACGGAAAUCCUCGCGAAAGCGCAGUGCGGAGCGCGCGGCCCGGGAGAACAUCAACGCCAACAAUAACGGCGCCUUCGCGAGCUGCGGCGCGGACGGCUGGAGGAGCUGCGCGGACGGAGGGCUGCCGGAGGGGCUUCGGCUGCGCGGGGACGUGGUAAGGCGCACGCGGAGCGAGAGACACCGCAGGGAGGCGUGGUCCAUCUUCAGCCCACCGGAGCCGCGCGCCAGGACGAACAGCGCGGGACAGACGGGACAGGGCCACCUGUUCAACACGCGCUCUGUCGUGACGCGGGACUUUUGCGACGAGUGCGGCAAAAUCAUACGGAGCGCCGCGCGCAGGUGUGAGAACUGCAGCUACACGUGUCACCUGGAGUGCGAGGGUCUUGUUCAGUUGGACUGCAACCAGAGUGACGGGCAGACAGAGGAGACGCCCACCGACUCCCCCUGCACGCCCUACUCCACACCAUCUGUGGCGAAGAAUGCUGCUAAAGAGGAUGAGGAGGAGAACGCAAAGUCUCUCUCAGAGGGAGAGAUCAAGGCAAAGAUAGAGGAGUACAACUCCAAAGUUUCUGAAAAUGGAAUGAAAUUAGCUGAUGAUGGCACUUACACAGGCUUCAUUAAGGUUCACUUGAAGCUGCGGCGGCCGGUCACUGUGUUGUCCCCAGAUGGGAAGGGCCCAGGCUGCAGUCUGGCUGCAGACGGUCCAGAAAAACGCACAUCCUUCUACAUGCCCUGUGACACGGUAAAGCAGAUUCAUGUAAGCAGCAUCAACACAGUCAGCGAGGUCAUCCAGGGUCUGCUCAAGAAGUUUAUGGUGCAGGACAACCCACGCAAGUUCGCUCUGUACAAGCAGACACACAGGGAUGGCCAGGAUCUCUUCCAGAAGCUGGAAGGUUCUGAGCACCCCCUGUAUCUGCGCCUGCUGGCUGGCCCUGAUCUGGAGAACCUUUCAUUUGUACUAAAGGAAAAUGAGACUGGGGAAGUGGAGUGGCAUGCGUUCUCAGUUCCCGAGCUGCAGAACUUCCUUACCAUCCUGAACAAAGAGGAGAGUGAGCGGAUGAAGCAGGUAAAGAUGCGCUACGAAGCCUACAAAAAGAAGCUCGUAGAGGCUCUACAGGAGGUCCAGAACAACCCCGGCUAGAGCUGCGGUCCUUCCGCGCCCCUCAGUUCACUGAGCCCGGUGCACGGCCGACCUUGAGCCCUACCCACAGACUCUUGAAACCCAUCAACAAACUCUCAAACCUCUCCACUCAGGACUCUCCAAAGGCCCUCAGCACGCCUCUGCACACCCCCAUCACGAACUCUGAACCUUACAGAGAGGACUCAGGUGGUGGGUGAAGUGGGGGACAGGACAAACAGAGUGAGGGGAAACAAAUCAAAACAAAAGGCUCACUGGUGAACGGAGUGUGUUUCUGACUGACUUGGUUUAGAUGUUUGAACGGGAUUUUUUUUUCCUUUGUUUUUGAGUCAGCUCGGGUCUGUUCACGUUUCUUUUACAAUGCUGCUGCUAUUGCUGCUACUGCAAGUGUUACUUAAGGCAUGACUUUCGCUUUUGGUCUCUGCGCUAUAGCGUCUCACGCUAUCUUUAUCCAGGAGAGGUAGAAAAGAGGUGGGUGCUCAUCCCUUUUAGGCUGUGAAGAGCCUAAGUUAAUUACGAAAAUCUGACAUAAAAGCUUGAGGUAAAUCCAGGUCGAACCCGUAGAUCACAUGCUGGUUAAACUAAUUGUAAAAAACAAAAACAAAAAAAAAAAAAUCAGUACUCUCUCUUCAUUCACUCACUUGCAUUUGACUGCAUAAUCUAUAUUCCUGGGAACCUCUUUACUAAUAACAUUGAGAAUAAUGUACUGUAUCUCAGCUGACUUCUCACCCUCCUACGCAAAAUCAAUAUGCCAUUUGGCAACAGCUUCCUCUGUUACGAUCAUACACCAUCCAAAAUCAAUAGAUACUCUUCCUUAGCAAAAUUAUGAUGUGGCUUUUAGUAAGCAACUGUAGGCUACGUGUUAAACUCUCAUUAGAGGUUUGAUAGAUGAGUGUCAGCACCCACCACUGUAUAUCAUCCAUAUACAUGCAUGCGUACAUUUGAAAAGAUCUGGGAUGCUUUUUCCAGCCUAAUGUAUUAUAAGCAUGUCCUGACGCAGACGUUUUUUUGAACCCUACAGAAAUGUGAAAUGGCUAUUAGCAUUCGUGUAGACUGUUACAAAAGAGCAUUUAGUGUCAGAGAUUAGUCAAAGAAAGGGAAUGUUUUGUCUGUUCUGGUGUGGUAUGAAAGCGUAUGGAAGCACCCAGCCUCUACACUGACCUGCCACUCGUCUGUUGUAUAAUGAAAUCAUAGUGCUAAUAAUAAAAAGUAAUUUACUAACAGAGAAAAUGAUAGCGACAGGUCUGAGGGCUGAGCAGUCUAAUUCGCAGAUGACCUCAAGGUAGGACACACAGUAACUCAAUUAUAUAGAAAUACAGAACAUUAGUGUUCUGCACGUCAUCUGAUCCUAGAUCAGAGCUCCAGCUGUGGGAGAAUUGUGAAAUACAAGCUUGCUUGGGCAGACAGAGGCUGUGGACUGUCUUUCAUAAGCUGAGAAACACCAUAGUGGAUAUUACACCAAAGUUAAUCAGGACAUAUACCCCUAGUAUUUUUUUAAUGUUACUUUAUUGAGUAAAUAGGGGAUAUGUCUGAUGAUAUAAAUCGUGUGUAUUGUAGAUUAUAGACUUCUAUGAUUUUGCACACCAACAUAGGCCACCAAGUGGUCAGCCAGUAUAUAGUAAUCCUGACUAUUCUGUGAUGAGGGCAUGAGAUGCUUUGUGCUUUCCCCUUUUUCUGUUUGGGAAAAAAAUGUAUUCAUGUUGCUUUAAUGUGUGUAUGCUACUUAAGCACUGAGUAUGUGCAGCAGAGGAUGUGUGAUUUCAUUCUGUCUGCAACACUGUAGUUUCAUCGCCACGUCUAUAGUCAUACGGAAAGCACAGAAAGGAGAUGGGCUAACAGUAUGAACUGUACAACCUGAUAAUGACACCCAUGACACCCACAGCCUGUGAUUUAUCCUUCUUUAACCCACUGCAGAAGCACAUGAGGCUCAUCGGAAGCCAGGGACAAUCCAAACAGGCUGAGGGUCUAGUGGGAAUAUCAUCACGUCAAAUGUCGAGAAGAGGCUUUGGGCAAGGCUGAGGUUUUUGUUAUACAGUACAAUCGCCUGGGUUGAAUUAAAGGAAUACUCCAGUGUUUUUCAACCUAUUCUCUGUCUGCUGCUUUUGUAGCAUACGCUCGAUUACCACAGACGAUAAUCUCAACGUGAUUCCUUUACUAAUUAAAAGAACAUGAAACUAAAAGCAUAAAAGCAGCUGAAGUGGCUGCCCAUGGACUUCUGUUAUGAGUCUGCUUUGAGUUAACUGCUUUUCUGUUCUUUUCUAAGUACAACUGAAACUGAAACAUAUGAUGCAGAUGUGGCAGGUAGAGAUAAGGUUGAAAAAAUUACUACAGUAUUCCUUUACCCGGCCUCAAAUCAACACUGUAAGAGUUAAUUUAACACUGGCUUUUACUGCAUAAGCUUGACAAGAAAUGAUGGCCAGGAGAGUCAUUUUUCAGGGUCCCUUUUUGCCCUGACCACUCCAUUAUCCACACCACUCUUUGGCCCUUUGCUACCCUAUCAGUGUGGAUGUGCCUCCUUGUGGACGAGAGGUGUAACGCCCAGCCAUGAGAAGAACGAAAGAGAGAUCUUGUUGCGUGUGCUCGGGCCGCUGCUCUUUUACGGCCAUGUUCCUGCUGGCAGUGCCUUCUGUCUGCGUGUAGCCUGACCUGAAUGUGUAUGCAUAUGCUGUGUAUGUCUACCCCAGUAGCACCACAUAUCAAGAGACUAGAUUACUAGAAGCAUGAAGGCAGGAACCUGGUGCUUUUAAACGUGGCAGAACUCUCAGGUCCCUGUGGGACUCUGAGGAUAAACGUAUAAGAGAGAGAGUGACUGUGUGUAUGUUGUGUUUAACUUAUUUUAAGUUUUCUCUGUGUGUGUACAUUUGGGGUUGUGGACAAAUCAAUGCUGUCUGGCAAUCUUUUGUUUUGAGAGUUUAAAUAUGUAUAGCAUCUCUAAAGCUGUAAAGAUACUGAAGAAUGGUAAAUAAAAACGGUAAUCCUUUC